ACCUCGCUCGGUCGGUUCAUUUUUGUUAAUGUGUCGUCUUUUUGAAUGAGAAUCACAGCCUUUUUUAUUAUAAUAUUGGAUGAUUCUUGAAAUAUUUGUAGAUAUGCAGAUAAUGAAGGUAUUAGUUUUGAUAUUCUUAGUUUUGUUUUGCGCGCAAGGCUCACAAGACCAAGAAAAAUCCUGCUCAGGUUCCUCCAACCCUAAGGACCUCCACUGUACAACUUCUUCAAAAGAUGAUAAAAAAUGUGGUUGUUCGAGUUUAAAAAGAGACAAAACUAGUCAUGAGGAAGACUCUGGGGACCAUAAGUACAGAAGAGAUUCAAAUAUAACACCAGAAGGGAAGAAUAGUGGCUGUGAAUCGACUUACAAGAGAACGAAUCAAAUGGUGUAUUUGAAGGGAGGUGUUUUCACAAUGGGUACAGACAAACCUUUUAUUAUUCUUGAUGGCGAAGCACCAGCACGAAAAGUCCGUGUCAGGCCGUUUUAUAUGGAUGUUUAUGAAGUCAGCAAUGCAGAGUUUGAACUGUUUGUUAAUGAUACUGGAUAUACAACUGAGGCAGAGAAAUUUGGAGAUUCCUUUGUACUUGGUUCAAGAGUCAGUGAGCAAACACAAAAGAAUAUUCAUCAGGCUGUUGCGGCAGCACCUUGGUGGUUGCCAGUUAAAGGUGCUUACUGGAGAAGACCUGAAGGACCAGACUCGCAUAUCAAAGACAGAAUGGACCAUCCUGUCCUACACAUUUCUUGGAAUGAUGCUGUUGAAUACUGUAAAUGGGCUGGCAAGAGACUUCCAACUGAAGCUGAGUUUGAGUAUGCUCUGAAAGGUGGAUCAGAUGACACAUUGUAUCCCUGGGGUGACAACUUAAAACAUGAUGGUAAGUUUAUGGCCAAUUUAUGGCAAGGUAAAUUCCCUAUCCAGAAUACAGCCAAGGAUGGCUAUGAAGGGACUUGUCCUGUGACAGCGUUCCCUCCCAAUGGAUAUGGAUUGUACAAUAUGGUUGGAAAUGCGUGGGAAUGGACCGCCGACUGGUGGAGCACCAGACAUACCAAGGAUUUCCAAGACAACCCGACUGGUCCUCCAAAUGGAAAAGAUAAAGUCAAGAAAGGAGGCUCAUACAUGUGCCAUAAAUCCUAUUGUUACCGAUAUCGCAGUGCUUCAAGGAGCCAGAAUUCAGCCGAUACAACUGCUUCUAAUUUGGGUAUGCGCUGUGCAGCAGACAGGCUUCCUAAAGAUGUGGAACUUGUUGAAGGGGUGGCCUGAUAUGGCUUGUAUCUUGAGCCCUAUGUAAGACAUGCUUCCUAAAGAUGGGGAACCUGUUGAAGGGGUGGCCUGAUAUGGCUUAUAUCUUGAGCCCUA